AUGGAAGUUUUCAAGAUAACCGGCUUCAUGAUCUUGUUGAUCAUCAGCGUGAUGGCUGAUGGUUUACCCAAGCGCGGCUUGGCAGCCAACGAUGAUAUCCUCAUUACGGGGUUUGCCGGAAGUUCUGUCAAUUGGCUGUACAAUUGGGAUUCAAACACCACCAACAAGCAGCAGUUUACAGAAUACAUUCCCAUGCUUUGGGGUAACACCUCGGACCACACUGGUGCAUGGGAGGCUCAUGCUUCUUCCUGGAUUGCUGCCGGCUCCAAGCACCUCCUUGCCUUCAACGAGCCCGAGAAUCCUGGCCAGGCGAACCUCGACCCCACGGCCGCCGCGGACGCAUACCGCCAGUACAUGCAACCUUUCGCUGGACAGGCCCGACUUGGUGCCCCUGCGGUAUCCAAUGAUGGCCGCCAGUGGAUGAUCCAGUUUCUUGACAAAUGCAGUGACUGCACUGUCGAUUUCAUCCCGAUUCACUGGUACAACCCGGCCUCCCUUUUGGAGGACUUCAAAAACUUCGUCUCCGACAUGUGCGAAAUCGCUGGUGAUCGCCCUGUGUGGAUUACUGAGUUUCAACCUCAGGGAAGCGCUGAUGAGAAGACGGAUUUCUUGACGGAUGCCAUCGCAUGGCUCGACAACGAGGCGUGUGUUGAACGAUACGCAUACUUUGGCACUUCCGACGGUGAUCAUGAGCUUCUCGACAACGGAGGCCCGCCUUUGUCGGCUAUCGGGACCAUCUACGCCUUCACGCCCUUUGGCGGCACGAAGAGAACUUUCCUCGGCAGCAGAGUUCUACUGCUGCCAGCAGAGCGCGGCUUGCAAGGAGUCAGAAGUGUGCUGGAUGCGACAGCGAGCGAUGAUUGCGGGUGGGACUGA